AUGCGAGUCCCAAUCAGGCUCGCACUGCUGCUCCUCUGCCUCGUAGCUCUGCUCUCUUCGGCACUGCUCCCCGCUGUUAGCAGCAGUGGCACCAGCGGUAGCGGCAGCCCCGGCGGGCCCCUCCGCGGUGGCGCCGCACUCGGCGGUGCUAAGACGCCUCAAAAUGCUAGUAUCGAGGAUGAAGGUGAAGACGACGAUGACGAUUUAAUAGAGGUUCUGCAAGAGGUCGCGAAGAUGGGGAACUACAGCUACUUCGCUAACCAACUCUUAUCGUCCCAGGCGCUUCCCACAUUUCCCAAGCCGCCCAAACAGGGGAAAGGAGGCGGCUUCCGACUGAUCAAGAAAAAGCGAACCAUUUUCAUGCCAGUCGACACGGGGAUGAUUCGCGUGACCAUGCAAUCGUACCCGCGCGCCGUGGCGAUGAAAAUUUUCAGAUUUCAUAUCGCAAAGGGUCUGUACGAUUUCAUGGAGCUCAAAGCGAUGCCGCCUCAAUCGAAGAUUCCGACGUACGAAGGCGGGAUGAUCACGAAGGUUUCGCGAAAGAACACGAAACUCAUCGUGCAGCUAAAGGGGAGGGGGUUUAUUCCGACGACGAUUGUAUCAGGCGACAUGCAGCGAGGGCGUAACACCAUCGUCCACGGCAUUACGUCCAUCAUGCUUCCGCCGGACUUGUAA